CGCGCCACAGCUCUCUCGGAGACUUCCAAGACCCAGUGGUUCCAGGGGGCUCGCGCCCCUAACUAGAGGGUUGCCAAGAACUACAAUUCCCAGAACACACUGCGCCCUCAAUCUCCAACCUCAGCGGCGGAGCUGUCCAGGAGGAGGAAACCGCGCCUGUCCUGCAAACUGAAGAGUCCUCACCUGCUCCAGAUGAGGACGCCGAGGCCUAUGAAGUGAGCCACACCGCCCACGGUCACGCAGUGGGUUGGUGACUGCGCUGGGGUCCAGGUCUGCACCGAUCGCCCCUGUGCUCACCGAGGAGGACACAGGCCUGGCCGGAGCCGUGGGCUAGAUCAGGGACUUUUGUGACGGCUGGGCCCGCAGCAAGAGGACAGAGCCAAGCCCCGGAGCAGCCACCGCGCACCCCAGGUCCCGGGGCGCGGCCCCACCUCUCGCCGCAGCCGAUGCCGCUGGGACUGGGGCGGCGGAAGAAGGCGCCACCGCUGGUGGAGAAUGAGGAGGCUGAGGCCGCGCGCGGCGGGCUGGGCGGCGAGCAGGGCCCGCUGGGCGGGGCGGGCGCGGGGCUCCCCCAGGCCGGGCUGCCGCCCCCGCCGCCCGCGCUGCGCCCCCGCCUGGUGUUCCACACGCAGCUGGCGCACGGCAGCCCCACCGGCCGCAUCGAGGGCUUCAGCAACGUGAAGGAGCUGUACGGCCGCAUCGCGGAGGCCUUCCGCCUGCCGCCCGCCGAGGUGAUGUUCUGCACCCUCAACACCCACAAAGUGGACAUGGACAAGCUGCUGGGCGGCCAGAUCGGGUUGGAGGACUUCAUCUUUGCCCACGUCAAGGGCCAGCGCAAGGAGGUGGAGGUGUUCAAGUCGGAGGACGCACUGGGCCUGACCAUCACGGACAACGGCGCGGGCUAUGCCUUCAUCAAGCGCAUCAAGGAAGGCAGCGUGAUCGAUCACAUCCAGCUCAUCAGCGUGGGGGACAUGAUCGAGGCCAUCAACGGCCAGAGCCUGCUGGGCUGCCGCCACUACGAGGUGGCCCGGCUGCUCAAGGAGCUGCCCCGCGGCCGCACCUUCACGCUGAGGCUCACGGAGCCCCGCAAGGCCUUCGACAUGAUCAGCCAGCGCUCAGCUGGCAGCCGCCCUGGCUCCGGCCCGCAGCUGGGCACUGGCCGAGGCACCCUGCGGCUGCGCUCCCGUGGCCCGGCCACCGUGGAGGAGCUGCCCUCAGCCUUUGAGGAGAAAGCCAUCGAGAAGGUGGACGACCUGCUGGAGAGUUACAUGGGGAUCAGAGACACCGAACUGGCAGCGACCAUGGUCGAGCUGGGCAAAGACAAAAGAAACCCAGAUGAACUGGCAGAGGCCCUGGACGAGCAGCUCGGGGACUUUGCCUUCCCGGACGAGUUCGUCUUUGACGUGUGGGGCGCCAUCGGGGAUGCAAAGGUCGGCCGCUACUAGGAGCCCGAUGGACCUUUUGGUGGCCAGAGCCUGGCCUUGCUAGAGCUCCCCCAGGGCACACCCGGCCAGGACCCUGUGUAGCCAGCUGGGCUCGAGGCUGUUGCCCUGCAGGCGGAGGGUGGUGCCCAGCGUUGGUCCCAGGGUCUCCCCACAUCCUGACCCUGGCCCGGCUCCCUGGCUCCCUACCUCAGCUGGGUCAGGAGCCUGGGGAGGGACCUGGGCCUGGCGGCCACCCCUCCACCUCCCACAUCAGCUGCCAAAUGGGUCCCUGUGUCUCCCCAGGGCCCGGGUUCCGUCUGGGGGGUCGAGACCUGGUUUCCUGACACAGGGAAUAAAGAGGAGGUGGGGGUCCCCUUAUCAAUGCAAUAACCCAGUCCCCUCCCAAGAGGAGCCCAACCUGGAGUCUGUUACCUCCUGUUUGGGGAAGAGUUUGCUGUGAACCCCCAACCUCCCCACCCCACCCUGCUGCCCUGCCCUCCCAGCCCCCAGGAGGGGCAGCGGUGGCAGGGGGGCUUUUGUAUCUGGAUUUCUGCCUUGAACAUAAAGGAUCUAUCUGGACGAGGAA